UUACAAAAAAAAAUAAAAAUUAAAUAGAAAAGUGAAGAAAUAUAGUUGCAUAGCUUUGUUUUAUUAUUAAUUUUAAAGCAGCAAAACAGCAAUAACGGAGCCGAGAAAGGUGUAGAGAGGAAAAAAAAGAGAUGCUGUUUUACAAAUUAUUAUAAUAAAUACCCUAAAUUUACUAUUCUUAGAUAAAAUUAAUUCACAAAAAAAAAAAAAAAAAAAAGAGCAAAAAAAGAAAAGAAGAAAGAAGGAAUUAAAGUUAAUUAUAUGUAAAUAAAUGUAAAUUUUAACUUUAAAAAAGUUGUGUAUGAGAGAGAAAGUAAUAAAGCGGCAUUACGAUUAUUAUUUUUAGAAAUUUGAAUGGGUGGAGUGCGCCCAUUUAAAAAAUAUUCGCCUCCAUGAAGUUUCAUAAACAAAAAUGGUACGAGAGACCCACAACGUUUGCUUUGGACAAAUAGCCCAAGAAACACAAGUCGCUGUUAAAGAGGAUACUACUGCUGUUAAACGGGAUCACUUGAAAAGGUCUACAGACGAAUUAUCGAUAUCUAACUAUACUGAACGGAAUAGUGGCUACUAUGAACGCAGUUCACGUUUAGUUGCUGACACCGAUUCCUAUAUUAGGCGUCCUAAUCACAGCACAUCUGUAAUCAAUAACUACCAAACAAGUAGUAAUAGUAACAUCAAUAAUAGCGUUAGUAUUAACAGCAAUUCAGAUAGCAACAAUAACAACAACAACAGAAACCGAGCAACAAGGGAUUGUAGGUUAUAUAGAAAUGGUCCAUACGCGAUAUCGUCAAGAACUGCUUCACCAUCAACAGUUUUGUUAAGUGACAGGAGUGUUAGUGUUGCCACCAGCAACAAUACUAAUAGCCGCGUUCCACCUGCGUCAUGGUACGAAGCCACUGCGACGUAUACAAACGGUCCUGGUGGCAGUGGCAAUGCCGGCGUCUCAGCAGCAGGCAAUCCAGCAACAUCAUACAGCAAUUCACCUGCCCACAACAAUUCGGCGACGGCGACAGCGAUAUCGUUGCGCAACCACAGCUCUGUGUACGGAAACGUGACAAGUGCUUUAGCACUGGACAGUGGAAACAACAACCGUGCUAUAGAAAUUUCAAACAUUUUAUCAAAUAAAGGCGUUGGAAAUAAUAGUAGUAAAUAUCAAAGGCUACUCAAAUUAUCAUCUGCACCCCGAAGUGGUUCAGCAUCACCCACAACUAUAACGGGGCCGGCAACAAUGACAGCCUCUUCUUUGUCAGCUACAACAGCGACAAAAAGUAGUUGCAGUAGCUUUAGUAGUACAAUCAAUAGUAAUACAAACAACAAUAAUUUAAGCAGUAGCAUUAGUAGUGUAGCAGACACAAACACCACCGCCAGCAAUGCCAGCGGGAUUCUAAAUGCCGCGGCGUUGGCUGCAGCCGCAGUGAGCGAGAGUAACGAGGUACAAAGUAAUAACAUCAAUACCAAUAAUGCCGGUAAUAAUAACAUCAAUUCCUUAUCGAACGCCUCAAAUUCUUCCAAUAAUCCAUCAUCCGCCUCGCAUCAUACGUCGCGUUCGGUGGCCCAUGCGCAUUUACAUGGACGCAGCACAACGUCAUCGAGCCGUUCACAUUCGAGAUCACCGAGCAGUUACAGUUCAUCGCAUAGCUCUUCGUCAUCUUCAUCGUCUGCCUCAUCGAAUUCACAUGCAUCAAGCCCCACUGCUAUCCGAGAUGUGGACAAUUCAUUAAGUACAUCGCGGGUGGGUCCACGAAGUCUACAAUCUGCGGUCGCUGUGCCCAACAGUACCAUACCGUCUGCCUUAAAUACUAGUGGAUGUAGUAUCGGUGGUAAUGGCAACAGUAAUAAUAGCAGCUCUGGUGCACCCAUCGGUAAUCCAGUCGUACAUUCCGAAGAUAAUCGGCCUUUAGCGAUACGUGUGCGUAAUUUACCUGCCCGCUCCUCUGAUACAUCGCUAAAAGAUGGUCUGUUUCACGAGUAUAAAAAACACGGCAAAGUAACGUGGGUUAAAGUUGUUGGUCAAAAUGCCGAACGUUAUGCUUUAGUUUGUUUCAAAAAACCAGAAGAUGUUGAAAAAGCAUUGGAAGUGUCGCAUGAUAAACUAUUUUUUGGAUGUAAAAUUGAAGUAGAACCUUAUCAAGGUUACGAUGUCGAAGACAACGAAUUUCGCCCUUACGAAGCUGAGCUCGAUGAAUACCAUCCCAAGUCGACACGCACCUUGUUUAUUGGUAAUUUAGAAAAAGACAUUACCGCUAGUGAGCUUCGUUCUCAUUUUGAGUGUUUCGGAGAAAUCAUUGAAAUCGAUAUCAAAAAGCAAGGUACCUCUGCUUAUGCCUUUUGCCAAUAUUCCGAUAUUGUGUCGGUAGUCAAAGCCAUGCGCAAAAUGGAUGGGGAACAUUUGGGAAAUAAUCGCAUUAAAUUGGGUUUUGGCAAAUCAAUGCCCACCAAUUGUGUAUGGAUCGACGGUAUUGCAGAAAAAAUAUCUGAAUCACACCUACAGUCACAGUUUAGUCGAUAUGGCGCAGUAAGUAAAGUAGUGAUUGAUCGUCUUCGACAGCUAGCUCUUGUGCUGUACGAGCAAAUCCAGUAUGCCCAAACAGCGGUAAAAGAAAUGCGCGGGGCAACUUUAAGGGGUCGUAAAUUACAAGUGGACUUUGCCUCUCGCGAGUGUCAAGACGCUUUUUAUGAUAAACUUGAUAAGCAAACUGCAAGUUCACGGUUUAAUCGCUACGAUUCACAAUCUCGUUCGCGUGCCUCUUCUUUUAGUCGUCAUCAAAAUUCAAAUGACGGCUGCUCGCCAAGUAACACACCAGGGAGUAGCAGUAGUAGUAGUGCAGGCGGAGGAACUGCGCCCACUCUUCCAUCGGCAAUUGUUACAAAUUCAAUGUCAACUUCGUUUGCUAUGGGCCCUUUAAACUCUGUAGUGGGCCAAACAUCAGGUAAUUCCACACCAGCACGAAGUAGGGGCUCACGAAGUUCGCGUCAUACGAUGGACUACGACUACUUAGACUCGCGGAGAUUUCGUUCCUACGAUGAAUACAGUCAAGGAUCUGGAGCGUCACAUGAUGAAGAUGCGCCACCAGGCGGUCAUAUCGCCCCAGGUGGUUCUUAUAGCGGUAUUGGUUUACGUUCUGAUUCUCCUUUACUUUCACGGUUAGGCCCAAUUGUAAAUAGUAAUAAGGAGCCUAAUGAGGUGAUAGAGGUAUCUUUAAGCAGUCGUCGUCGAUGUGAUAAAAGUCCUGGUAAACAAAAAGGUGAUAUUCGGAUAUUUCAAAAAGAGCGUUCCCAUUUAUUGGAACAGCUUGAAGAGUGCCCGUCCAGUGGUGAUGAGAACAUAGUGAGUCCGCGAAAGCGUAUUAAAAUCGAUCAUCAUUCCAUUAAUUCCAACUGUGGAUUGUCUCAACCACAUAUGCUGGAUGAACAACCCCAACAUAAAAACUCCAACUGUGAUUACAUUCUACAUGAUUCUAUUCAUCGCAAAGGCGAAGUGCGCAGACUGUCUGAAUGCAGUAAUUUGAGCAAGUAUCCACAGCAAACUCACCAUCAUCAUCACUCCCAUCAUUCGCUGCCACAUCACCAUCACCACCAACAGCAACUUAGUCGUCGACCGUCCAUUGAUAUAUUGGCGACAGGUGGUAGCCUAUCAGCACGUCACGGCAGCACGAGCAGCACCAGUUCAAACAGUGAUCAUCACCCGCCACCUUAUCAAUCGUCUACUUCGUUACCAUGUAAACGACGAAGAAUUAUAAGUGGCGGUGGAAAUGUCAUUGCCUCGAAUACGUUAGUAAGCAGUUCGGGUUCUGGUCUGGCGCCGUCGCUUAACGAUGAUUAUCACCAUCAUGCAUCGCGCGGCCGUGGCCAUCAGUUACAUUCCCAGCAUUCUCAUGAGGCUAGUGGAGGUGAAAGUGCAGAUGGGUCCCGACCAGGUACACCGUUAUGUGACGAGCGGCCAGAGGUGUUACCAAGCGAACCGCGACGAGUUCCGCGUGAUAGACCAAGGGAACCUAUGGUUUUGCCAUUACCAAAAUUUGGUAUUCACUUCUUUCAGCAAUACCGAAAUAGUAUGACAUCUAACAGUUCGUCAUCUCUUUUGCCGUCAUCGACAACGUACCAUCAUCACGGCAGUAGCAGUUUUACAAGUGCUUCCGCUGCGAGUAGCACUGCUUCUGGAAGCUCCCAUAUUCUGUCAAACAGUUUGUUGAGCGGAGGAGGCGGUGUUAGCAAUAACAAUGUACAUUCUAGUCUUAGUCAUAGCUUUUCAACUGCAACGUCAGCAUCAUCUGUUGUGGCUGGAUCAUCCAGCUCCUAUCUACCGAGUCCUCCGACAAGGUUUCCAGCGCAAUGGCGGCCACAUCAUCAUCACCAACAUCAUAAUCAUGGACACCAUGGUCAACAACAUCAUCACACUGGGACAACACCGUCAUCGUCGUCGUCAGCCAUGAUUAGUCCAUUGCGUUCACGUUCGCUAAGCUCGAAUUCUAGUGACUCGGAUGUGCCUGGGCAGUCAUCGACGGGCAGUCCUUCCCUUGAAGAGCGCAUUCGUACUUUGGAUGAAAUGUAUGAGCGUUGGUCUGGUGGAAGUGCAACAAGUAAUGUUAAUAAACGUCACGAUUUUAAUCAUGCUCCUCCUAUAUGGCAACAAAAUCGUUCUGUAUUAUCGGCAGAUCUUCACCAUUCCAGUAGCAAUGAGAUAAAGUUGAAUGCACCUUCAGUCCCUGCCAGUCGUCAUAAGUUUCUUGAUAUUGAUGUCAACGAAUUACAGCCUUCGGAAAUUGUUAAAUCGGUAUUAGCGAAAAAAUCAAUAUUUGAUGACGAUUUACAGCGACUAAAGAAAAAUCACUGGUACGAACCGUCAAGUGACAUCUCACAAUUAGCAAAAAAUACCUCAAACAUCUGCACAUCGCCAGGCUUACCAAACUUAGCAGCCACAAAAGCGCCUGUUGUAGGUUGCACAAGCAAUGUGCCGAAUUCAACUGGUAGCACCGUAACCAAACCCCCUGGGGGUUUAUUGCAACGCUUAAGUAGCGUUUCUCCUAUGAAUUCACCUCAAACUUCAAUGUCACCGUACAAUAGUCCAUCACCUUCGCCAUCUAUAACCGGAAACGUUCAACUACUUUCAUCUAUAACAAAAGUUACAUCCUAUACUAGCUUAAGUGGGGUUAUCUCACAUCCACCUACCGCAAACUCGUUAACAUCCUUAAAUUCUGGUGCCUCUUCAAAAGGUUUACAAUAUCCCUUUCCAUCACAUCCACCUUUGCCAAGCACUGCAGCUCCUGUAGAUAUCCAACCGCAAGUACCACCUUCUUCAUCAUCGACGGAAAUUGUCGCGUUAUCAAAACCAAAGACGAGCGCUGUCUCAAAGAGCUUAAGUGUGCCGACAACGUCUACUGGACCCGAAUCACGUGUCCUUACCAAAUCAGUAUCAGUUCCUGGCAGUACAAAUGUGGGUACCAUUAAAGUCACGACCCCUUCGACACCUCCUCUAAAUAAUGCACAGUACACCAGCGGUAUUAGUUCCUUAAACGCAACAUCUAACAUCUCCAACAAUAAACUGAGUACGGAAGACAAUGUAUCUUCCAAAGAUAUAAAAUCCUCAAGUUCCUCCAUUUCUUCGAGUUUAGCUUCGACAGUGAAACGAGAUAAAUCCCAUAAACACAAUCAUCGAAGUAGUGAUGAUAAAAAAUCAAUGAAAAGUGAACGUAAUGCGGAGAAACGCAAAAGCUCAAAUGCAUCCCUGUCACAAAUUGCGGCAUCUGCUGCAGAGUCCAGUGAUGGUGACGAUAAAGAUUUGGAUAAAAGUUUUGAAAAAAUUAAACAAGAUCGUGAUAAAAAUGACAAACUCCAAAAGGAACGUCAAGAGAAACGUGAUAAAGAACAAAGAAAACAGCAAGAACGCGAGGAAAAAAGUCGGGAGAAUAGAGUGCGUGAUGAACGCGAAGAAAAAGAUCGUAUCGAAAAAGAACGCCUAGAAAAUGAACGCCUUCACAGAGAGCGUCUACAAAGAGAACGACUUGAAAAAGAACGCAUUGAGCAGGAAGGAAAAGAACGUAAACAAAAGGAAAUUGAGCAAGAAUCACGUGAAAGAAAAGAAAGGGAAGAAAAUGAACGGCGAAAACGCGAAGAACGUGAACGAGAAGAGCAAUUACAACGUGAGAAAGAACGCAAAAUACGUGAUGAACGCAAACUUCAGGAAGAUCAUACCGAAGGUAAGUCGAAGGAUCACCAUCGUAAAAAAGUAAGUGGUUUCCAGCUUCAAACGGAGGUCACUAGUGACGUAGGAACGUUAAACCAAAGUACUCAGAACUUGUUUCGUCACGACGAAAUUGAACAACAAAAUAAAGAAAACUCUGCAGCGGAUCCUCUUUGCGGUUCGAUAAACCAUACGUCCGAUAAUGUAAUCACAAAAAGCGGUAAACACAGGUCACGGAAGGUGUCAAGAAAUGCAUCCCCAAUUCGUAAUCCGAAGCGAAGGCUGAGCUCUCAAGAUAGUAAUGCAAGCAUCUGCGGCGUUAAUAUAAACAACAGCCAUGGCGAUGAUUAUAACAAACGCAUACGUAUUGAAAAUCAAGUCUCAGGAACAGCUCAGCCGCACACUAAUAAUCCAAAUUCUAUCAAUAGCAAAGUCAAUGAACGUCAUGAUUUUAAAGAACAAAAUACAAAGGAAAAAGUGGCUAAACAUCAACGCCAAUCUUCGUCAUCCAGUCACAAGGGCGCUCACGCUAAUGAAAAAGAACUUAACUCUACCUCAUCGAAAUACCAUCGAAAUAAACAACAAAAAGAGAAACAGCUGCAAGCUUCACUACUGACACAACAUUCAGGUGAUUCGAUUAUUGUUGCAUCCGAACAUGAAUCUGAAAUACCACCGACAAAUUGCAUAAAUAGAACAGAGGCUGACAAUCACUUAGAGCAGGAAACAUCAACGUUGAAAAUUAAACCAUCAAGUCUGCAAUCCUCUGACGAAGAAGGACCAGCACAACCUGAGACACCGCCUACAAUAAAAACUCCUUCAAAUAUACGUAAACAUAAAGAGCAUGGUAGUGGAAACGGAGUUAGCGGCCAUCAUAGUCGUCAUAAAGGUAACAAACGCGAACGCGAACAUCAUCGAGAAAAGAAAAGGCAUUCAAUAUCACUCACUACUGAAUUGCUUACUUCAACAAUAUCACUUGGAUGUUGCAAUGCGACGGAAGAGGAAAUGAUAACUGCGAAUGCAAGCAAUCUACAAAGGCGAACUUCAGCCCAUAAUACUACUUACAUCGAAAUGAAUACAAAAUGCAAGCACGACAGCUUGUUACGUAGUGCGGAGAGAAAGGCGUCUCGUUGUUCUGAUGAUGGCCCAGUUGGAGGACAGCAACCACAAACACCUUCCAAUAGACAAAGUAAUCACGGUAAAAAUCAUCAUAUAGCUCGCAGAAUGUUACUGAGUUCUGCUGAAGAUUCCGACGAUGUUGGCGGCGACCAAGUUGAUGAGAAUGAUGACGAUGAUUCGGAUGCUGCAACCAAAAAGACCUCUAUAUUUGAUAUACCCGAUGAAGGGCCUUAUGUUUCAAUGUAUGAUAAAGUAAAGGCUCGUUCUUGUAAAAAUAUGCAAAAACAAGAAGAGGAGAAAAAAAUUAAAGCUAAAUUUAGUCAACUAAAGCAGUCUCGUGCUAAACGAGAGGAAAAAAAGCGGUCAGCUAGCUACGACGGAGAUACUGAUUCGGAUUUAGAUGGAACGGAGUCUCAAAAUAGGCACCUUAGCCGAGGGGGAGGAGUUUAUAAGUCGCCCCGUGUUAUUAGUGGUGGUUUGUCCUCUACAGACGAUGAUCGAGACCAAGAACAAACUAAAUUAAGUGAACGAGAACGACGAUUGGAAUCGCAAGGGCCAUUACCAGCACCUUCAGUCCAUCCCAAUCGACUAUAUUCGGCUUCUGAUAAUGACUCGGAGGAACAACGCCACCUUAAACUUCAGGACAAUAUAAGGCGUUUAUACGAUGGCGAUGAAAGUUCUGAAGAUGAACUUAUACGGCGUAAUUUCAAUCCUAACUUUAAUACCAACAAACGCUUAGGCCAUCACACAUCGCGUAUUGCCUCUGACUCUGAAUCCCAAUCCCAAUCUGCUAUAGAUACCAAGUUUAAACAAGAACCUUUUGACACCUCAGCAGACGAAGUUAGCAGCAGUCCACUAACUAAACACUGUCAAAAGCAACUCAAAAAGGAAAUUAAGAAUUCAGAAACUCUUUGUUCAAUGGGCAUUAAAGCUGAAAUAAACCCCAAGGAACAUGAGAUCAAAAAGGAGUUCAAGGAGCUUUUCGCUGACAAUUACGAUAAAUUGCAACCAGAUAUAAAGUUUCAUAAGUCAUCUGUCUUAUGUUCUCCCGAAAUAAUCAAAGUUAAAAAGCAUAAGAAAAGUAAGAAACGUCAGAAAACGCCGACUCAUGAUAACUUUGUGAAAGAUGCUAUAAUUGCUGAUACGGAUGUCAAAGGAUCUCCAAACUCAAACAUCAUUGCAAGUCCACUUCUCUCAUUGCAAGCUGAUACGAAAAACUUGAAAAUUUUGGCAUCUCCCUGCUAUGACGCAUUCGAUGAACUCAAACGUGGAGGAACCUUGAUUGCUCACACCACUUCGGAUAUAUCAACAUUUUCCGAGAAGAAACGACACAAGGAUCGCAAAGAAAAAAGACGAGAAAAAUUACGACAUCUCAAUGCGGACGCCAAUGCGGCGAUAGACGCCGACAAAAUAGCUUAUGAAAAAGAAAAACAUCGUUUAAAGAAAUCGAAAAGAUCAAAGAAUACUGACACAGUUCAACAAAAUACACAAAUGACUAAUAUACAAAUGACUAUGGCGGCACCAGACGCCUGUUUUCCUUUUCAACAUAAGAAAUCCGGUGGUGAAAAAAUGGAAGAUAUUUUUGGUCCUAUAUCAGAUGAUGACGAUGAAGAUGUAGAAUCGCAAUUUACCGACAGCGAUAUUGGCCCACGCGACUUAAAUUGCUUACCGGCGCGGACGUCUUCUACAACCAAUACUCCAGGACCGAUAGUAUCAGCAGCAUUGAACCCCUAUAAACAAGAGCCAUUAACUCCUAAGUCUCAUACAGUUGAAGAAAAUGAAGAGAAUAAGCAAAAAUUAUGUAGCAUUUCCGCAAGCAGUACACCACAUUUAGAGAGAAUGUUAGAACGGCAACAUCGUAAAGAAAGACGAGAAAGAAAGCGGAAAGACCGCGAAAAGUCACGCGGCUCUGAACUUCACCAUAAUUUCGCAUCUGCAUUGCCAUCUAAAAACGUAGAGGAUGAGAAUAGUGUGGACUUAGAUGCCGCUGGUAGAGCUCUAGAAGCUCAGCUUAUGGAAGAUUCCGAUAACAAGGCUGCCGAAGAUGCCACUCCUUCCACUGCAACAACAUAUCGUAGUGAUAUGACCGAUGUUUUUCGAUUUUCUGAUGGUGAUGAGAAUUCAAUUGAAUUAGAAACUUCCUCACGGCAGGAAAGGAGAGAUGCUGAUAAAGAACAUUUUAAUCAAAGUGCAAAAACAAAGGAGAAAAAGAAAAAAAAGAAGCGAUCGAAAGAAGAAAAGCAGUCACAUCAUCAUCAAAGGAGGGAGUCUUCAUCAUCUAAUAAUUCUCAACAAGCUUAUUCCGCAAAUAUUGCCAAAGCGUCAAAUGUGAUAAACAAACUUAGUGUAGAUAUCCAAGCUGCCAGUGAACAUUCGCAGAUCAAUGUAGAAAGUCAGACGGCAAGCAGCUCACCAUUGUGUAAACCAUCACCUAGUUUACCCUGCUUAGUUGGCGAGGACGAUGAAGAUGCAAUAUCAACUCUUGGAGCUAAAUCUAUCAUAAAUAAUACUGGCGGAUCUAAUGCACUUUGUACAACACCACAAAAAUUAUCCAAAGAAACAUUGUCAUUAUCGCCACAUAUCAGAGAUAAACAAAUGAUUAGUCCAUUGCCUAAAACUCCAACUACUGGUAAUGCUACUAGAAUAAAUGUUGAUUCUAAUCAAAAGAAAUUAGGUACGAGCACACCUACCUCUUCUUUAACAAAUAGUGUGCAUGCAAACACAACUCCCUCACCAUCUUCAAACGGUUCUUCCACUAAAUUUGAUGAACUGAAUGAAUCAGUUGGAAGUAUAAAUUCAAAGUCUUCACCAAGUCUUCUUUCAACUACAUGUUCGAAGAAAAAACCUGAAAUCUUCAUUCCUGGCUUUGAUGGAGAAAUUGAUGAACGCAUAAGUGAGUCUGCUGUGCAGUCAAUAUCAGCAGAGUUCAAUACGACUUUAUUGGAUCCUUCCGCCGAUGAGCCUAAAAUACCCAUCGAAUCUCCUCCGGAUGCAUCAAAGCAGAUGGAAAAACUUGAGGAAUCAAAGUCACGUGUUACAAUAUCCCAAGAGGAAACGGAAAGUGCUGUUUCUGCUCUACUAGGUGAAAGUUUCGGAAAUUCGUCAGCUGACUAUUCACUUAAUGAUGAUGAUGAUGGUUUGGACUCAUUACAUACUGCCGUCGCUGUCCCAGAAAGUACAAUAGCAGGAGAGUCUGAAGGGCCAGACGAAGAGGCUGCACUUGCGGCUAAAACUAUUGAAAAUGAAGUAGCUAGCUCUGCUCCUUUAGCAAGUAUCGAAGAGGAUUCGGAGGAGAUUUGCAAGGCUGUGCAAAGUUUACGUCAAGAAGAAAUAGAGAUUAAAGUUGACACUCCGCUAUCAGUGCGUGAUUUGCAAAUAGACACCGAUGCCGAAGAAAACGGUGAAGAAGUAGAUAGCAGCGGCAGUCAUUGUCUUAAAAUCGAUGAAACUGCCCAUUCAAAUACUAGUUCUAUAACAUCUGACAAACAAGAUGUUCCAGUGCCUGUAAGCGAGUCGAUACCAUCUCUAACUUCUGUCGCAACAGUCACUGUGCAAACUUCACAAUCUUCAGUUAUCACAAAGAUAGAACUUCCAACUCAAACCUUACCCGCAGAAAGUACCAGUCAAACAGUAGACAAGAAGAUGGAAUACUCCAACAUGAGUAAUGUAGAAAAGCCAUCAGCUCAUCAAACCGCACAGGCUAUUGUGUCAUCGACAGACGUUUCUUUAGUUGCAAGCACGGUUAGCACGACGGCCGUUUCAGCGGUUGCAAGUAGUGCGCGUUCCAGCAGCGUAUCUUAUAUUUCUUCAACACCUAUGAAAACAGCGUUUACAUUCUCACCAGCUGUAACGGCCUCUUCGACACCUAAACAAACGCAGGCUAUUUCAUUUAAAUCUAUGUCUUCAUCACAGGAAUCGUCUUAUGUAAUGCAACCUCCAACUAUUUCCAUACCGGAUUCUGCACAUUUUGCGGUACCACAAAUGGUUGUAUCACCUAGGGGCACAAUAAAUUCCCAUCACAACGAUACCGCUUUAGCUUCGUCUUCGCUUCCACAUUCGCCUCAAACUAGUGGAACUAAUAUGCCGCCGCAAUCGCCAGUUGGAAAUGCAUACAUAAUGAAUACCCGAACCCAAUCACCUAAUAGCCCACGACAAACCUCGAGGGGCAAUACCCCAAUCCCGAGGCAACCUAGCCCUCACACGUCAACUCCACCUCCGGUAAUACAGCAGCAAAAUAUUGUUAUACAACGACCUAUGCAAUCAGCCGUAAUGUCACCACCUGCUACUGUUUGUACUCAAAAUAACAGUCCUGUAACCAGCCCGAGUAUGGGCCAGUCGCAACGGCAACCAUCACCAGUUGCUGGUCUACAGAAGCAGUCCAUUCAAUUGCAUCAUCAACAAUUAUCUCCGAAAGCGUCAGAUCAAGAACAGUUAACGAAAAUAAAAAAUAGUUCCGCUUCCUCCGUAGGAGGAAGUGUCCUAAAUGUAAGAUCGAUGCAGCAGCAAGACCAACCUAAUUCGCUAUACCAUUCUUCGAAAUUGGGAAUUGAGCAGCAUAAUGUGUUAGCUGGGCAGCAUAUGCUGCCUGUUUCAGCGCAAAAGCUGCCGGCCGUUCCUACUCAUUCAACAAUAAUAAGUAAGGUCGUGACGAUUACACCUCAGCAGGCGCAGCAUUCUGCGCAAAAUGUAAUCACUAAUACAUGCAAUGUUUUACCUCCUUCUUCAACAAUUAGUCAAAAACCCUGCAAACCCAUAUAUUCAUCUACAUCAACAGCGACCGGUGGAAACUCACAAAAAUCUCACCAACAAGUUAUGCAACAAACCUCAAAAACUUGUAUAUCAAGCCAACAAUCACAAUCUACGCCUCAUUCCACCCAAGUGAUGCAAAGUCAGUCGCCGCAAAAGCAACAACAUAUGCAAUACACGCAGGCGCAAAGGAGUCAAAUACAGCAACAUUCACCUCAUCGACACCAGAUGCAACAACAUAUGCUCCAAAUACAACAACAGCAAAUGAUACACCAGCAUCAACAAAAGUUGCAACAGCAACAACAAACUUUAAUAUCCCCGUCGCAAUCUCAUUCGCAGAGCACAGUUCAACAGCAACAACGAUCAGCAGGAUCUCCGCAACAAGCGCAGCAAACGCAAAGCCAGCAACUUCAAUCAAACGUUAUUCACAGCGCUCAAACACCGCAAAGAUUUGUAGUACAACAACAUAUUGUCGGUGUGUCUUCUCAACAGCACUCACCACAGCCACAACAACCUCAACCACAAUCGCCUGUGGCACAAAAGCAACAGCAGCAUCUGUCGCAACAACAGCAGACGUCACAGCAGCAAGAUCGUCAAUUUCAAAUUGUUCAGUCUAAAUUACAGCAAGCUUCCAGCCCUCAACACUCGCUUUCUUUGCCAAAGCAGUCUGAAUCAGAACAAAGUACUGUUGAUUCUUCGAAAGCCAUUCCAUCGACGACAAAUCGGGCUCCACAGACUUCCUUUGAGAAAUCUGCACCUCCGUCUAAAGAGAAUUCUGAAAGCCCAUCUCCCUUGACUUCAACUAUCAACAAAUCUUCGGAAGGGGUCUCUGUUAUAUGUACUUCAACUCCUACAACCGUCAUUGCUCCAGUCACAAAAGGACCAAAUUCAGUUGCAACAAAUCUCACUGAUUCUGCUCGAACAGCACCAUUAACAGAAGAAAAUGUAGUUAAAAUGUCACCCAUUAUACAAGACGAAGUCGAGCAAGAUUCAAAAGAAGACAGUGAUUAUUGGUCGGCCAAGGAAGUCAAUGUUGAAACAAAUGUCACAAGCACGGUUAUAAAGAAGGUUGAAUGCGUCACUAUUCCACAGAUUUCAACAAACAAAGAAGAUGACAAACAAACGGUAAAACAACCAAUUGAUAAUGAGGAAAAGUCAAAGACUUCGCCAUCGGCAAGCAGAUCUGAAUCACAAAAUGCGCAUAUAGGAGACCAGUCAGAUCCUACAAUUAAUAUUGAAGUGCAGGCACCAGCGUCACCCUUUGCCACUGCACAUAACCUGAGUGCGGAUAACGAUACGGAAGAUGAAACUGAGACGCAACAAAUGCCUGCAUUCGAACAGGUGCAGAUGAGCGGAGGUAGUAAAUCUGGUGUGCGAGGUACAGCAUCUAAACGAGGUCGUCAAUCAAGAGGAAGUAAAAAAGUUGGUACUCAUUCUUCAGCUUCCGGAUCAGCAGUCAAUGUCGACGGAGGAUCUCAGCAGGCAGACGUUGCUAUGAGCUCAACCGUCGAAAUAUCUGGUAUUCAGACUAGGUUACGUAAACCAGUAGUUAAUGCCCCAAUAACGCGAGGACGAAAGGGGCGACCACCAAGGAAUCUAAUGUUGCAGCAACAGUCUUCAUCGCAAGCAAAUCAGCAACACUCAGUACAAACAACAGCGGUGCCAAACGUGGUUACUACCACAGCUCAACAAACUCCAAUGCCCGUUUUAACGGCGGCUGAAAAGAAGGCUCGAAACCAAGCCGCUGCUGCUGCUUUGGCGUCACUUUCAGAACAACAAGAUGUUUACGAAUUUCAUGAUGAUUCCGGGGAAGAAAACAAACUUAGUACUUCCACAACUAAUUUAACAUCAUCUACAACAACGACUACUGACAGUCGUCCCCGAUUAAUAUUGACCAUCAAAAGUCCUGCACAACCGACACAACUUGUUAAAGCGACGGAAAAACCAGCAAGUGAUGAAAUGCCAACCGUGGAUAUAACUCCCGCUACUGCCAAAAGUACCGAUGGCCAAAAUCAAGAUACAUCACCUAAAGUGCAAUCGGCUAAUUCGGCAACAAAUCAUACAAUCCAACAAGAUCCACUGUCAACAGAAACCACUUUUGCGAAUACUCGUAAAUCACGACGACUGCUAGAAAAAGACCGUAGCACGAUUGAUGACAUCAUUGAAGAUGUAGUACGUAAUAAUGCGACAAAUAUGGCAUUAUCUGGAAGUGGACAAGCAACAUGCGCUAUAAACGCUUUGCCGAAGGGGGCUCAAACGCCUCCUCGCAGAUCAGGGCGCAAUGCUACGCAGCCUAAAAAAGUCACUACCGCGGAGGUUCCUACGCCAGCAAAUCCAAUUGGUAGACCAAGGAAAUCGAAAGAACGUAAGGCUAAUGACGGUGAAGCAGAACAAAGUUCUACACAAAAUAGCGGAACAGCGAUAGAGGCAAGCGAAAGCGAGGAUGGAACUGCAACAACAACACCACCAGCAACAGUUUUACCAAAAAUUUUAGAAAAAUCUGCACCAUCGACGCCAGAAAAAGCACAAAUACACACGACAGCAUCACCAGUACAGGCAACGACCCCGCUUCCGCAACAUCCUAAGAAAAAGGCAUUGGCCGCAGCUGAAAUUGAGUCAUAUAAUGCUGCAGUAACAGCCGCAGCAGUUACUUCCACUAAUACCAUGCCAAAUUUACACUCAGCUUUGCCAGCUGGGGGUGUGCCCAUGCAUAAUACAGCAGCGCCUGCUUCGCAAAAAACAACGGGCGGAGCCGCUGAUUCGCUUAACAAGCCAUUAAUCGAUUCAGUCACGGGAGUUGUCUCGGGAGUAAAAAUGCAACAGGGCAAGGAGGGUAGUCUGCCAUUGGCUGCUGCCGCCUCUUCUUUGCCGAUUAUUGCGCAAACUAGAGGGCCGAUGGAUCCAAAAAAAAUCAUGCAAGCAGCUGUAGCAGCUGCAGCCGCAGAAAAUAAUCAGACAUUACCUACCACGCAAAUUGACAACAGCAAAGUUUCCCAGAAACCUAUGAUCCAGGGUGCUGUGGCAACCCCUGUUACGGCUUUAACGAAGCCUGUUCAAGCCGAGACCGCAGCAGCUGCUGCAGCAGCCGCUACUUCUGUUGCAACGGCAAUGCUUAAUAAAUCAGUAAGCGUUGUUGUUAAAACUUCCGCUUCUCCUCCUAUCGUCAUGCAGCAACAAAUUCAAGUUACAUCGCAAUCAAAUCAUUCGAUACAUCUUCAGCAACAUAAUUCCCAACAGGGGCAAAUUUCUACUCAAACUAGCACUGGUCCAGCCACCAAACAGCCACUUGUGGUACAGCAACAAAAUCCCGUUGUUAUGCAUGCUCAACAGACGAAUGUAAAGCCCCCUACAAGCUUGAAAGCUCACGUACUCAAUAGUCAGAAGUUGCAACAACAGCAUCAGCAACAGCAACAAAUUAUUGUAAACCAAAAUCAUAGUUUGCCAAAACCUAAUGGGUCAUCCGCCCAAUCUCAGCACGUAAUUCAAGCAAGCAUUGUAACACGUCAACCCAUACAGCAGCAACAAUCAGUGUCAAAACAGUUGUUAGUUAAUAUACCGCCACCGACAACGCAUUCACCACAUGGGACAAAUGUGUCUUCCGUAAAUUCCCCACGUUUGCAGUCAUUACCACAUCAAUCAGGACAGCAGUCGCAAUGUCAGCCGCAGCGCCAUUUGCAACAGCAACAGCAAGCAAUCGUCAUAAAGCAAAAUCAAGAAAUUCAUCAUUCGCAAGUGUUGCAUGUUGUUAGUUCCAAGGCAUCAGCGUCAACGCAAUGCAAGCAAUCAACGCCACAGAUCUUACAACAACAACAACAAGCUAAUACACAAUAUAACACCUACAUACAAGGAUCGACGUCUGGUCAGCAUGUACAGCAAUUACAGAAAUCACAAGCUGCUUCGACUUUACAUCAACAAACGACUUCUCAACAAAAACCUCCUUCCACUUCGCUAACUAUAGCACCGGGAAUAUUAGGUUUACCCAAUCAUCCGGCUAUGAUUAUACAAGCAAAAACGGCCGUACCCACCCAGUCACCUACAGGUUCAACAGUGGUGGCCAAUCCACAUUUGCAGCAGGUCCAACAUCAUCAUCACACACCAUCACCACCGUUGCAAUCUCAACAUUUACCUAAAUCGCUACCGACAACUAAUCCGCUUACACAUAAUCUACCUUCUCAAAGUGGACCACAUGUGCUAACAAAUGCUUCAUCGGCGUCAGUUGGAACUAAGCAACAACAACAACAACAAGUGCCGACACCUUCAAACUCUGCUGCAAGCAUUGCUAGUAUACGUACAGCUGCGCCUGCCAUCAGUCCUCAAGGUCAAAGCCGCGUUGGCUCUCUCUUAUUAUCGUCCGGUAUGCAAGUUCCGUCUCAUUUUGAUGCAAACACGAGUGAUGCCAACUAUCCCGGUAGCGGUGCAAUACGUGGUGUUCCUACUAGAGAACACUACAUGAUUUAUCAGCAAAUGCUACGUUCAGCUCAACAGGAUCCAUUGAACUCAACAACCGGUUUACGUGAAUAUGAGGAAAAUUUGAUGGAUAACAGCCCGCCUUUGGAGUUACGACGACCUGGCAGUGUGCCUCGUACAAUAGCCGUUCCCCACAGCCUACAAAGUCCACAAGACCGAGCUACAGACUCUCCUCAAGUGGCUCAAGUCUAUGUACAUAAUACUCGUAUAGCAGGUCACGCUCAUUACAACACAAACGCUAACGCGCCGACUGGUUAUUAUGAAACAUCUAGGCAAUUAACCCGAGAACCACCACCAGCGCAUAGAUCGGCUGCUGCUUUACCGCCUACAGUGGUAGUGCCACACCCGUCUGCUAGCGGUAGCAGUCCAUUUAUAGCAUCGGUGCAGCCACCACCAGCUCCGAUGCAAACAUCCAAUAAUACAUCUGGCGUUUCCGGCUCUUUGAGAAUUGAAAGAGAACGAGAACGCGAAUGUGAACGUGAGCGGGAACACCAACUUCAAAGGGAAAAAGAACAAAUUUUGGCCAGAGUAGGUGACUCUCAUUUACGCGCAAAUACUCCGCCUCCACCAACCGCACAAAUGCCUCCUCACAGUCAACCACCGCAACCGACCCCUCAGGCAGAUUCUUUAUUGACAUUGCUGCAACGUUAUCCAGUUAUGUGGCAGGGUCUGUUAGCACUCAAAACCGAUCAAGCUGCUGUGCAAAUGCACUUUGUAUUCGGUAAUCCGCACGUGGCAAGAGCCUCGUUGCCAUGCAAUAGUGACGGUAGCACGCCACCAUUACGUAUAGCGCAGCGUAUGCGCCUGGAGCAAACUCAGCUCGAAGGUGUGGCCAGGAAAAUGCAGUUUGAAAACGAACAUUGUAUGCUAUUGGCCUUACCAUGUGGUCGCGAUCAUGCCGACGUCUUGCAGCAAUCUCGGAAUUUACAAACGGGUUUUAUAACAUAUUUGCAGCAGAAAAUGGCAGCCGGUAUUGUUAACAUACCGAUGCCAGGCAGUGAACAAGCGGCAUAUGUUGUACAUAUCUUUCCAUCCUGUGAUUUUGCCAAUGAGAACUUGGAGAGAGCAGCUCCCGAUCUAAAGAAUCGGGUGGCCGAAUUGGCUCAUCUAUUGAUUGUAAUUGCUACCGUUUAAGACAACCAUACUGAGAUAAGAAAAUAAAAAUUGACAAAAAGCUAAGCAAAGCGAA